UCAUGCGCUGUAUUUGAUGGUUGACGUUUAAGUUUAAAGGUAGUAUGGCGGCAGGUUUGAGUGAUGCUUGCAAUUUACUAACAAGAAAGAAUAUAGUUUUUUUUUCUGUAGCUUUUCGUUGUUUUUAAUAUCUGUUAUGUCAGGUGUAAACGCACCAGAAUUUAUGAAUGAGACAUUGCUCAUUUCACUGUUUUAAGUCUGCUCGUAAAGUAUGUCUAGCGUGAGCAGAAGGCACAGAUCAAGUCAGAAUACCGCUAAUCGAGUCAAACGUGUAAAACUUUCACAAUACAAAGUUGUGCUGUACGCGUUUUUCUUGGUGCUAUGUGCUACGACGUUGUUAGGGAUUUAUAGGUUUUCUUAUUGGGAAGCUGAUCUGCAAGAAAAACCUGUUAGACCCGUCAGAGAGAAGUUUCAGCUGAUUCAUAAGCCAAAGUCUUUGCAGAUCAGUGAAGUAAAAUAUCUGACAUCACUGGUGGAUCUUCAGCGGCUGUGGACCACGUUUCUCAAACCUAUGUUAAUUGAGAGAUAUGCAGGUACCCUUGGCAACAAACAAGUACGCCAGCAUAUAGUUAAUCAGCUACGCUCCUUUUCUGCCAGCUGGAAAACUGAAUUGGAUGUGUUUGAGAAUAAGACACCACGUGGUUCUGUACAUUUUGCCAAUAUUGUUGCUACUUUGGAUCCCAGAGCCAGCCGUCGCCUUGUUCUGUCCUGCCAUUAUGACUCCAAAUAUUUUCCCCAAGAUGAGAAGGGGCAAGUCUUCUUGGGUGCUACAGACUCUGCAGUCCCAUGUUCUUUGAUGCUGGAACUAGCUCGGGCCCUGGACAUGAAGCUCUUACAACUGAAGGAGAAGGAUUUGUUUGUUCUUUUGGACCUGUUGGGAGCACCCAAUCCUCUCUUUCUGAAUCAUUUUGAUGACACAUCACGCUGGUUCGAGAGACUUCUCAGCAUAGAAAAGCGGCUGCAUAGACUUAACCUCCUUCAGCUCCAUCCUGUUGAACAGAUGUAUUUCCAUAAAGAUAUUUCCUACGGGUCAGUAGAGGAUGAUCAUGUCCCAUUCAUGGAGAAAGGAGUUCCUGUGUUGCACCUGAUUCCUUUACCUUUUCCACGAGUUUGGCACAAAAUGGAAGACCAUGAGGAAAACUUGCAUCCUCCAACAGUUGAAAACCUUUGUAAAAUAUUGGCAGUAUUCCUGUCUGAAUAUCUUCACUUGACUUAACCUGUAUAAAGACCCACAAAAAUUUGUUUUUCAGUAAGCCAUUGAAUCAAAGGAGCAGUGCAAAAUCUGUGAUGUAUUGUAAAAGGUAAUGAGGCAUAGAUACCAGAAAAGCUGCUGAAAAGUACAGUGGAUAUAAAAAGUGUACACACCCCUGUUAGUGCCAGGUUUUUGUAAUAUUAAAAAUGAGACCGCAAUAAAUCAUUUCAGAACUUUUCCCACC